CAGGCUCAACAGUCUCAACAACAGCACCAGGCUCAACAGUCUCAACAACAGCACCAGGCUCAACAGUCUCAACAGCAGCUCCAGGCUCAACAGUCUCAACAACAGCGCCAGGCUCAACAGUCUCAACAACAGCACCAGGCUCAACAGUCUCAACAACAGCACCAGGCUCAACAGUCUCAACAACAGCACCAGGCUCAACAGUCUCAACAACAGCACCAGGCUCAACAGUCUCAACAACAGCACCAGGCUCAACAGUCUCAACAACAGCUCCAGGCUCAACAGUCUCAACAACAGCACCAGGCUCAACAGUCUCAACAACAGCACCAGGCUCAACAGUCUCAACAACAGCACCAGGCUCAACAGUCUCAACAACAGCACCAGGCUCAACAGUCUCAACAACAGCUCCAGGCUCAACAGUCUCAACAGCAGCACCAGGCUCAACAGUCUCAACAGCAGUGCCAGGCUCAACAGUCUCAACAGCAGCACCAGGCUCAACAGUCUCAACAGCAGCUCCAGGCUCAACAGUCUCAACAGCAGCGCCAGGCUCAACAGUCUCAACAACAGCACCAGGCUCAACAGUCUCAACAACAGCUC